AAUUGCCACAUCUUCACUCAGUACUUCGCCGGCCACAUUGGAACAAGUCAACGAACUUGUCAUGGCCAACAUCGAAGACCAUGUUGUAGCUGAAGUGAAAAAUGAUCAAAUCCAAAGAAAACCAAGAAUUCUCUGCCUUCAUGGAUUCAGAACAAGUGCUGCAAUUCUCAAGAAACUGAUCCUGCGAUGGCCAGAAAAUGUUCUUGAUAAACUAGAUGUCGACUUCCUCGAUGCACCUUAUCCAGCUCAAGACAAGUCCGCCGUUGAAGGCAUCUUUGAUCCUCCAUUCUUCGAGUGGUUCCAAAGUGACAAGAGUUACACAGAAUGCUAUAACUUUGAAGAAUGUCUAGAGUACUUGGAGGAUUAUAUGAUUAAACAUGGACCUUUUGAUGGGGUACUUGGUUUCUCUCAGGGGGGUGUUUUGGCAGCUGCUUUUCCGGGGAUACAAAGGGAUGGAGUAGCACUUACCAAAGUUCCCAAGAUCAAAUUUGUCAUAAUAUUAUCAGGUGCAAAAUUUGGAGGUGGCAUAUUAAUUGGGAUCCCCAAAUUGGCUGAGAAGGCAUUCUCGAUUCCUCUCGAGUGCCCUUCUCUCCAUUUCAUAGGAGAGGCGGAUUUCUUGAAGGAGGAAGGCAUAGCAUUGUUGUCUUCCUUCGUUGAUCCCAUGGUUAUUUACUACCCUGAGGGUCACACGGUACCAAAAUUAGAAAAAGAGGGUGAGGAAACGAUGCUUAGUUUCAUUGACAAGAUUCAAGAGCUAUUAUAGGGCGGAGUUAGAGAAGAUAAAGGGUUUCCAUGACAACAAUACACUGGAGUGUACCAGCUUGGUUGCAGUUUGAACUUGUCCUUUUUCUAAUGGUUUCGAGCCUAAAUAUGUAAUGUAACAAGAAGGUGUUUUUACAGUGUUUCAGUUUCAUCUAAAGCUGCUAUAUAUUGUU